AUGCGAUCUGUUGUACUUUUCAGCGGGAAGAGGAUAGGGAAAUUAAUGACACCUUUUUUGCUCCCGCGAUGCGAUUCUCGCACUAGACUUUUGGGAUCGUCGGAACGAUUCAUACGGUGUGCACAUAGCGUUAACGAUAAUGAUAUUCAUUUUGAUUCAAACUGGCCAAAGGAUAACCAACCGAAAUCUCCGUAUAGUUUAUUCGAACUUACGGAAUCUAAUUUCACUAAAGCGUUGUUGAAAAAAAGGUUUCAUGAGUUGGCAAGACUUUAUCAUCCGGACCAUUCUUCUAACAGAACCAUUUUGAAGCGUAAUAAUAGCACGGAACUCACGUCUUCGAAUAUUCAUGACAAUGUUUUAUCAACUUCAGAUAAGAGUGAUAGGUUUAAAAUAAUUAAGGAAGCGUACGAGUUGUUGAAGGAUCCAGGAAGAAAACAUCAAUAUGACAUGUUGGGCCUAGGGUGGGUAUACGGACCGAAACCGAUACCUACAGCUUCAGGGAUGCCGAGGUAUGAAAGACACGAAAAAUUCUACAACGCAGGUACGUGGGAAGAUUAUUCGAACAUCAGACGCAACGACAAGGAAGAAGUGGGUCCAUUAUCGAUGUUGAUCUGGUUCUUCGGUAUAUUUGCAAUCGUAGAACUAACGUCCUUGUUGAGUCGACUAGAAGAGAGCAUUAACAAAAGAGAUUUUGCACAUGAUGAAACGGAAAAACAUUUGACGCUGGCGUACAUAAAUUACGGUCUAGAUGAGGAUAAAUGGUCGAGGUUACGUAGGUUCUUAUGGUUUAGAACGUAUAGUCUCUACAGGACAAAAGAAGAUUUGGACAGAGAAGCUAAGAAGAAUGAGAACAUGAUUAAAGACUUAAAAAAGAAAGAAGAAACAUAA